GCACCAGCUACAACAAGCAAAAAAGUGAAGAAGUGGAUUGGACGUGCGUGCCAAACGCAGGCACAGUAAAACUGUAUUUUCCGCGUGAAAGAUUACCCGAUCCUGGUUGGUUCGGUGAAAAAUCGCUUGCGGAAGCACGCCUCCGUUCCGUAAUACCUCUUCCGUGUGCCAAACCGUGUGCGAAAGGAAGAGCAGGAGCAUAAAACAUAAACUAUAUCGAAACGGAAAAUUCCGGGAACGUGAAGUUUUGUUCGAUUGGAUGGUGAUCCGCGUUUAAUGUUUUAGUGUGUGUGUUUUUCCCACCCCACAUGUUUUGUACACAUGAAAAUUGCCCCCACGAAAAGCCACAAGCGCCACCGGAGUGUGUCACAGAGGCGGUGUGUGUACGACGACGGUACAGUAAAAACCGUACCGUACGGAAGUCGGGAGUGUUUGUGACAUAAAAUAGUAACAAAAUAGUGUGAACCUCGCAGCUAAAACAGAGGACGUGCGUGUGAGUUUGUAUGUGUGUGUGUUGAGCUCGAAGAAGAAAACCGAAGGGCUGAGAAAAAGGGAAGAAAUUCUUUUGCUCGCUCGUUUCACGGAAACGAUGAUACGGGUGGCCCGAUAGUGGUGAAAAGUGAAGGAAAGCAGCGAAAAGUUAUGCCUGCCGUGUAUGUGUGUGUUGGCCGCGCAUGGUCGCACGCCGAGCGCCUGGUGAGAGAUCGUGGUGAGCAGUGAGUGCAUAAAUGUUGUGUGAGGUGCUCACGGUGGGUAAUUUUACCGCGUUGUGUCUCAUGGCUGGUGAUGCGUGUUGAUAACAUCAUCAUUCCCCGAUUAUCGUGCAUGCGUGUACGUAUAUAAAUAUAGUGAUUUGUAAAGUCACUAGAACAACAAUUUUCUAAGUGCAUUUUUCCUGGUCACAUCGUUGUGAAGAAGGAGCAGAAUAAAAUCGCAAAUAGCAACCAUCGUCGGAAGCAUAGUACACAACGGGACGACGAGCGUGCGCGCACAGGUGCAUGCGUGUGUGUGUGUGUGUUAGCCCUAUCCUCCCAGUGGCCAUGAUUAUGGUAUCAUCGUCCCGUAGUGCCGUACGCGGAAAUGAGGAUAAGGAACCACGUUGCUUUCGCGCACUUCACAACGGGCAGAUCGUCUGCCGCCAGCUGCUGCUGCAACACUUUCCCGGCUGGUAGUAGUGUUAGUGUGUGCCGCCCAACUUCGUCAUGGUUGUCGCGAUUAACGUCACCGACGUCAUCCUCGAUAGUGGUGUUGCUGCCGCAGCAACAACGGCAGCAGGUGGAGCAAAAGUCGUCCCAACCGGCGGUGGAUGAUGCGAACGACGGCGACGACGAUACACACUGCGUGAAUGUGCAGUGUGAGCCAGUGAGUCAGUGAGUGUAGGUGAGAAACGGUCUUACUCACGAUGGAUGCGAGCCAGUGAGAAGUGUGCGUGCGCGUGUGUGUACAAGCAGGCCCCUCGCGUGGAGAACGAAGUGUGUUUUGAGGCGUGUGGGUCAGGGGAAAUGUGCAUCGGGUAGGGGGCCAGGUAGUGUGAAAGCAGCUGGGGUAGAAGAAAAGGGCGAAAGGCAGCGGCGAUCAAAACAUGAUCAUCGUUACAACAUCGAAACUACCGACAACGAUGCAUCCUUUCCACGGCAGACUGAAACAUCAUCAGAAGAAAAAGAAGCAGCACCCACAUCAGCAGCGCCAGCAUUCAACACAUGCACCGAGGAUCGAUUGGAAGUGUCUGCCACUCAUCACAAUACAGUUUACCAGCAGUUGCUACCAGCGACACACACCGCAAAACCUUUUGAUCCACGAUCUGCCACCAUUUUACCGCAACGAAACGUCCGUCGGCGGCUGCCCGUGCAGUGUGGAAAGUGUUUUGUGCCGGGAGUGGCAACAUACGCAAAGAACAGAUACAGUACAAAGUGUUGGAAAGCGAAUAAUGAUAUUAGCCAAGUGAAAACAUAUGAUGCUCCUCGCCAUCAUCGUCACAGCAGAGAACAGUGAAAAGUGCGUGACAACAGAGCAAACGAAGGGAAAGAUCGUGUCCCUGAAACUCCUAAAAUAGGAAGAAGAAAAAAGUGUCGGCAGCGUAUAAGCGCCCGCGUGUGUAUAGUGUAUUAGUUCUAAUUAAGUGAGCACUAGAUUAGUAAGACGAAACCGGAAGAGUGUCCGGCAAAGGGUGUAGCAAAUCGAUACUCAAUCGACGUGCUUCCUCCUGUUCGAGUCCUGUUUUCAUACCGGUUGAUCAGCUGUCACCGGUGGCAAUUCAACCACGAACCGCGCUACACCUGAAUGUGCGUAACGCGAUCGCUACUACCUCUUGCACUGCACCACGAGUGACAAAAUUGGCGUCAAUUGGCUGCCUGGCAUUGUGGCUUGGGCCCAUAUUGACGGAGCGAAACCCAUCGACGGUGGAUAGAGGCAAGCGGCCUUGGAAAGCAGGUGGUAGGAUAAAGCGCGUGACAACAGUGGGGAAAGAAGGGGGGGCACAGGACCAACGAUGGCCACUCCGAAUUACAAGGAGCUGAAGCUGCAAUCGCCAGCCGGCGCUGAGCCGUUCCUGUACAACUGGCCGUUUUCGAUCGGCACCGGGCACGAUUCGGGCAUCGAGCUAAUCGAGAACGUGCGAUGGGUGUGCGAGGACAUGCCGGAAAUCAAGUCGGCCAUCGAGGAAAUCGAUCUGAACAAGCUCGACACGGGCGAUUACGAUGCGAUGAAGAAUCUGUGCGAUCGUUUCAACCGGGCGAUCGACAGUGUGGCGGCACUGGAAAAGGGAACGUCACUGUCAAAUCAACGGUUCACGUACCCUUCCCGUGGUUUGCUGAAGCACAUCAUACAGCAGGUGUACAACCAGGCGGUGGUGGAGCCGGAAAAGCUGAACCAGUACGAACCGUUCUCGCCGGAAGUGUACGGCGAAACGUCGUUCGAUCUGAUCUGCCAGAUGAUCGAUCAGGUGAAGAUCACCGCGGACGAUGUGUUCGUCGAUCUGGGCUCGGGCGUCGGGCAGGUGGUGCUACAGAUGGCCGCUUCGACACCGGUCAAGGUGUGCUUCGGGAUCGAAAAGGCGGACGUUCCGUCCAAGUACGCGGAGGGCAUGAACACCACGUUCAAGCUGUGGAUGCGUUGGUUCGGCAAGAAGUACGGCGAUUACGAGCUGAUUAAGGGAGACUUUCUGGCGGACGAGCACCGGGAGAAGAUCACAUCGGCAACGAUUGUGUUUGUGAACAACUUCGCGUUCGGUCCCAACGUUGACCAUCAGCUGAAGGAGCGGUUUGCCGAUUUGCGCGACGGUGCGCGGAUCGUUUCGUCGAAAAGUUUCUGUCCGCUAAACUUUCGCAUCACCGAUCGCAACCUGAGUGACAUCGGGACGAUCAUGCAUGUGAGCGAAAUGAGCCCGCUGAGGGGUUCGGUCUCGUGGACGGGAAAGCCGGUCUCGUACUAUCUGCACAUCAUCGAUCGGACGAAGCUAGAGCGGUACUUCCAGCGGCUGAAAACGAAGGGCACGGAAAAUCAUAACGAUGGCACGAGUGGCGGUGGUAGCGGAUCACACUCGACACGCUCGUCCCGGUCGCGCAAGGACCAAAGCGCCCAUCACCAUCCGAAACAGAUCACGCACGAUGACAGCACGUCGGAAAGCGAUACGGAUGCGGUCGGGCCGACGACGCGCAAAACGUGGUCGGGCUGGCAAAGUGGCAGCGGCAAAGAGUGCAAGACAAGUCCGUCCGAGGAGGAGAACAAUAACUCGCCGGUGCUGCGAAACGGCCGAAUACCGGUGGCCACCAAAAAGCGAAGGAAGAUUACGCGCAACAAAGCAACGGGCAAGAAAUCGGAACUGGCAGCAGCUGCCAGUGCGUCGUCGACGAACCGAGAAAAUAUCGGCGUCGGUUCGUCGGCGUCUGCCGCGGCGGCUGCGGCGGCUGCAAUGGCUGGUGGAAAGAAACGGGGCCGUGUUAAGGGUAAGGGACGGCAGCGCCGUCCGCUUAACAUUGCCGGGCUUGAUCUGCUGCACAACGAGACGCUACUGAGCACGUCGGACCAGAUGAUUGGUAAGCGGUUGCCACCGGCACCGGGAUGCGUGGAUCAGCAGCUUACCUCCCUGGCGGGUGAUAUGCAGCACAACGAACUGGACAUUCCGGACGCACCGUCGGAGACGCCAUACGGGCUACAGAUCCUGCUCGACAUAUUCAAGACCCAAUUUAUGAAGGCCAUCGAGGGGAUGCGCAAACCAUCGUACAAAGACUACGUUCAGCAGCAGUUCGAUCGUGAGAAGGAACGCAACCAGUGGCUAAUGAAUCGGGCCGGUCAGCUCGAGAAGCAGAUAAAGGUGCUGAUCGACGACAGUGUGGCUCUGCUGAAGGCACGCAUGAAUGAGCUGGGCAUCAGCACGACCAGCCAAAACGAUUUGCUGUGCAAGGCGAAGGAGAUUGUCGGACGGCACAAGGAGCUGCAGGUGAUGGCAGCCAAACUGCAGAAUCAAGUGAACGUAAUCGAACAGGAGCAAAAGCGGCUAGUGAUGCAGCAUCUUACGAAGCUUACCUCCGAGCAGCAGCAGCAGCAGCAGCAGCAACAUCAGCACCCGCAUCAACAGCAGCAGCUACACCCGCACCAGCCCUACAUCAAGGUGGAAGAUGCCGAACUGACAUCGUCAAGCUCGAGCGAGCUAGUGCUGAAAGCGAUCGCUAGCACGCUCUCCCAACGCAAGAAGCUGUACGCGCAGGUUUCGAAUCUCGAAACCGAACUCAAUCUGAUAGAAAAAUUGACCGAAGAGCGAAAAUCGAUGGUGGUGGGAUUGUCGUCCGCACCGUCGUCCGGCGGCAACAGCAAUCAUGGCGUAUCGUCCACGGUAGCGGCAUCCGCCACAACGACCAUCAUUGCUGUAGCUCGUGCGACGGAAGUGCGCGACCGGGAACCGUACGUCGGUCGUGAGCGGGAGCACGUGAUGCACGUGGACAAACAAGGGCCCGAUUCAAUCCAUCCCUCGCUCCAACGUACGAUACCACCACCGGCUGCCGGUGCGGGCGGUUCCACCGGGCCGUUGCAUCCUCCUCCGACAGCGGCAGGCGUGGCAGGAUCGGCUCCCGCAACCGUACCUCACACGCCGGUGAAGCAGCAAGGUUCCGGAAGCUCGUCUCGAUCGGCUCAGCGAAAAUCGCGCGAAAAUCGAACCCGUUCGCAGGAGUGGCCCGAAAUACCAGACAUUGGCAAAAUCGAGGAAAACAAUCCGGAGAUUCUCGCGCAAAAGAUACUCGAAACUGGGCGGCAAAUCGAAGCAGGAAAGUUGCUCGCUGCUGGGAAACAUUCGGCGAAGGAGCGUGCCAGCGAAGGGAAACACACGAACCUUGCACCGGCGCAACCGGUACCACUCACCACGGUGCAACAACCGUCGGCCGUUGUGUCUGGUUCGCAACCGUUCCCUCACCAUCAACAUCCACAAUCUCAAGCACCACCACCACCGCUUCAUCCUCACCUGCAUCACGCGGAUGCGGCGUUGAUGCCUGCUCCGGCUUCAACCAUCAACAAGGCACACCACAACCACCAUCGCAGUAGUGGUGGUGGUGGUGGUAGUGGUAGUGGUUCUGGUGGGCUUCCAACAGCUGCCGUAGUGUCGUCCGUUCCAUCGAGCAGCGGCGGUGGAUCGCUGCCGAAGUGUUACGUACCGGGUGGUGGUCCCACGCCAAGCGAUCUUCACAGCGCAGGCGGACGGAGCGCACCCGAAGGAGGUGCGGGAGGACGUGGCGGUGGUGGUGGAAAGCUGCACGACUCACACAAGGUGGUUAACUUUGAGGAUCGUCUCAAGAGCAUAAUCACCUCCGUACUGCAGGGUUCUCCAAAAACAGGAAACUCUGGAUCGAGUUCGGCACCCGCAUCGUCGGCUUCCCCACUCGGGAACGUGGUGACGCUGUCGUCGGGUUCAACAUCCAAUGCGCCUGGCCAUCAUCGUAGCGGCAGCGGAAGCCAUCAGCCACCGAUAAUGGUGGAUACUCAUGGAUCACCGUUGAAAUCCGCUCCGUUGGGCUAUGGGCCAGCAACCGGGUCAACAAAGACAACCGUCUACCUUCAAUCUUCUCCGGGAGGAGCCGUUCAAUCGCAUCAUCAGCAUCAAAUGGUCACUGCACACGAUAUGUCGGCACGCUCGGCUUCGGGUGGAAGAGGGCCCAGUCCUUCGGCACAUCAUCCAUCGCAUCAGCAGCAGCAGCAACAACAGCAACAGGUGGUGCAUCACCAUCAACAGCACAUACAGGUUAGCCAAUCGCAGUAUCAACAACAGCAGCAGCUGGCCCAUCAUCCCCACCAAUCCUUGCAUCACCAACAGCAAUUCCAAAUGCAACAGCAACAGCAGCAAGGCAUGCUGAACGUAAUCACCAGUGCCGCACACCAUCUAAACACCAGUACCUCGCCCGUGCCAACGUCACCGUACAAAAUGCAUCCCACCGGACCGCCGGCCGGCGGCAGCAGUAGCGCUAGCAAUCCGUCGGCCAAGAUCUCACCGAGCUCGAAGUAUCCGUACGCGAAGGGGGCGCCCGUUACCGGGCUGAGCCAUCACUCCCCCGGCUCGUCGGCUAUGAGCACGCAUCAACAAAUUAUGCAGCAGCAGGAGCGUGAGCGGGACCGUGUAAUGCUGUAUGCGGCUGCUCACGGCGGAGGGCUGCCGAUCGAUCAUCCCCUGCAUCAUCCCAUGCAUCCGCAUCAUCACCAUCGCGGCAUACCGCCACCGUCGGCGAUGGGCGAUGGAAAGCUGCUCGAGUUUAAAGCACCGGAAAACUUCCGGUACGAUCCACGCGCGACCAGCAACAAUGCGCCGGCUAGUAAUGCACCACCGCCAAUGCACGAUACGCCACCAUCGUCGGUCGUUUUGCAGAGCCACUCUCGUAGCUCAUCUACCAACUCGCUCGACAGCAUUCCGGCGGCCGACUAUGGACCACCCGCGGGAGUACGGUACGGUGGCCAACAACAGCAACCGAUCCCGCUAGUGACACAUUCGCCCGGUGUCGGAUCGCAGGGAUCGGGGUCGUCGCAGCAACAGCAAGGGGGAAAUAAUUCUCGCCCCGGGUCAACAUCCUCCCAACCCGACUACACGCAAGUUUCGCCCGCGAAGAUGGCACUCCGAAGACACUUGUCGCAGGAGAAAUUGACCCACCCGUCGGCUGGAGCAGCAGGCACAUCGGUUGGUGGUCCAGUAGGUUCGGGUGGCGCCGGUUUGGGCACGGUGAAAACGAUUGGCGAUCUGGUGAACGGAGAGAUCGAGCGCACACUGGAGAUUUCGAAUCAGUCGAUCAUUAACGCGGCGAUCAACAUGUCAUCCCACCAGCAGCAGCCAUCGGCGUCCGGACCCUCGGCGGGCCCACCGCCAUCCGGCGGCAACACGGUCAUCAACACGAACGUGCAACGGCCCGAGCGUGUCAGUAUACGGUUGCUGGAAGAAGCAGGGCAUAUGGCAGCAGCUGCAGCAGCAGCAGCAGCAGCAGCAGCGGCAGGUGGUCCACCAGCGCCAGGAAAUGGUGGUGGCACGUACAGCCCCAUUUCAAGGCCGGGAAGCGUCGGAGAUAGUAGCAGCAAGUCACCGAUCCAUCAUCUACACGGCCAGAGCAAUUUGGCCUCGCUCGGGCAGGUACCUGCAUACCAUCCAAAAUCAGCAGCCGGCAGCCAUAAAGGUUCCAGCUCAACGACCGUACCGAGCUCGAUCGUGUCUCCGCAUGGUUCGGCGCAGCGACAGCAAUAUUCACCGGCACCGGGCGGCAGUAGCGUUCCUGGUGGACCGGGCGGUCCUGUCUAUCAGCAAUCAACGGCUUCCCGUGGCCACGAGCGUCAUCAUCCGGCGGGUGGGGAUCAGUUGCCCUACAUGGCACUACCCCGGGCGGACAUGAAACCGUACCUCGAGUCGUACUUCACCGACGAGCACAACAAGCGUCAGCAACAGUUGCACCAACAGCAGCAGCAGCAGCAGCAAUUGCAACAUCCGGUGCAGUUGCCCUCCCCAUCCUCAAUGGCGUCUACCGGGAUUGGUCACCAUCAUCAGCAUCCACAGCAGCAGCACAUACAGCAUCAUCCAUCGCUUGCAAUGCACCGAGCAAACCAUCCAGUGGAUUUGCACCGCGGUCCAGUGGUGAUGGGUGAGCCGGGCCUGAUGCCACGCUCGCGGGGCGAAAUGAAUCCGAUGGAUGACAGCCGAAUGGAACGGUUAAACGGUGGACAACCGCUGGAAGGACUUGCGGCAUCCUUGCAAGCACGCGUGAUCGCCACGCUCAAGAUCAAGGAAGAGGACGAGGAGCGUAACCGCCGUGACAUCAGCGUCCAUCACAGUGCUUCCGGCGCGAUUCACAGCAGCAGCAAUAGCAACAGUAUCAAUAGCAAUAUCCACGGUGGAAGCCUUCAGAUAGUACAAACUGCACACAUUAAGUCUGAAAAAUACACCUCAUCAUCAUCAUCAACAUCAUCCUCCUCGUCGACAUCGUCCACGUCCUCGACGUCGUCCCAUCACCAUCCACACGCGCUGAAACGUACCUCACCGAUCGUGGAACAUCCGCCCGGUACUCGUCCACCAAAGAUGCUCUACACGAGUUCGGCCUCGGUCCCGGUCGGUAUCGAUUGCCCGGAGCCGGAUAUGCUACACGUACCGCGCGGUGGACCACCGGGUGCGUCCAACAACAACAGUAUCGUUGUUGGGCAUGGCGGCCGGCCGGGCGGUUUGCUCGUCGCACCGCCCCUGGUGAUGAGCCCGGAAAUAAACUCGCUGGUCGAUGAUGGUCGGCAUCAUCAUGCGCUGCACGUGCGCCACAAUCAUCACCAUUCGCGCAACAACAACGACGUUGACGAUGAUGUGGUCGGCGACGAUGAAUCGAGCUGGCACGAUCGCGUCAGUUCCGGGUUCGAUCGGCUGGUAGCGUUUGCGUCGACCGAGCUGGACAAAACGCGGCGCUCGAACGAGGACGUACCACCGUCGUCGGCGAGCUGUACCACCUCGCCGGACAGUGGCAUCAACCAGAGCGAUCACAGCCGCACGUUCCUGUCGUCCUCGUCCUCAUCUUCCCAGCUGGAUGUGCCGCCGAGCAGCGCUAGUGCGGGCAGCAGCAGCAGCAGCAGUAUCAGCAGCAGCAGCAGCAGCAACAGUAGCACCAGCAGCAUCGGUAGCGUAACCGGUCAUGGUCACGGGCAGCACGGUGGCGGCCCGCCAGUGGGUGUCGCCGUAGGUGGGUUGUCGAUGAAGCAUAUGGUGCCGAUCAUAAAAUCAUCGCCUGCCGAACCGGUCGACAGUCCACCGUUGUCGGACGUUGGGUUACCGCGUACACCGAGCCCCACCUCAAGUCCACCGCUGCUGUUCGGUCAUCCGACGGCUAGUAGCACAAUCGCUGGUAAUGCGUCGGUUGUGCUUCAACCGUCCCUGUUGCAUCCUCCCAAUGCCAACAAUGGAGGUAACAAUAAUGGCGUGUCAGCAGCAGCAGCAGCAGCAGGCACAGCCGCCGCCGCCCCACCUGGCAUCCCGCUAAAGUACCAGCGGCAGUCGAAAUCGUCCUCCGCGUCGUCGGAGAAGCAUUACAAGAAAAAGUUCCGCGAACGCAACUGGGAAGAGUACGAGGAAAGCUUAAGCGGUGGGCGCAACAGUGCGAUCAGUGUGGGUGAACCGAUGGAUCAGCAGGACUAUGGCGUUGCCGGACACCGACCGGGCUCGACCAGCACCAUUCUGUCGGCGGACGGUACCAAUUCGAAUCCUUCCAUUUCGGUCACCAUGCCACUGUUGGAGAGCAAUGCUCGUGACGAAGAGCAUCACCAGCAGCAGCAGCAAGCUCCGCCGCAGCAGCAUCACCACAAGCAUAAAUCGGCCAAAUUUCGACCCAAAGGCAAAGACUGGCAAACCUGGGACGAUGAGCAUUCGAAUGCAUCGUCCGCGGGAUCGGCCACACGUCGCGGCCAAUCGGCAAACCAAUCGACCUGAUUCUUCGUAUACAAAAAUUGGCACCGUUUUGCGUGAGCUCGAGCUAUAUCCGGCGAGGGGGCAUUUGACGGCCGUUUUUGAUAUCCUAAUGUUUAGCGAAUUUAGCGCCCUUUUGUGCUGCCACAGACACACACACACACACCCACUGGGGAGAAUCGUUAAGAUUUGAAGUGAUUUAUUUAGAAAAAAAAGGUUUUUAUGUUGCUUUACACGUUCAGGUUUAAGUUCCUACUAAAGCUUUCAACCCAUAACCUCUUCGUUUCACCAUCGUUUCGGUAAAGUGAACAGCUUUGCUCAAGUAAUUUAGUACCACACAUUAAGCUAUUUACUUGCGUUGCGGAUGUGUUCGUAGGUUUUCUGAAACGCCGAACCGAAUCUCGUAAAAAUAGGACUCAUUUUUUAGUGGAAGCGCGUGUUCUCUGCAAACUGCCAUGCGGCCCUGUCCCCUCAUCCCUGUACUAAGAAGUGUGUUCACUCAACUAAGUUUGACGGGUUGAUUUCAUUAUCUUUAGGAACGAUUUUUGUUUUACAUUAAAUUUUAAGGGAGAUAAAGCUCUAGUAGUAAUGCGACAGUGAGAACUUUUUGUUUUCUUAGAGCCUUCGAGGGGGUAGAUUGAUGUAUUAGUUUUUCUUCUCCCCUUGCUAAACGAAUUAUUUCUGAGCGCUGCCGUAAAGUGCAGCAGCUCCCAUGCAUAGCGAAAUAUUUUGCAUCGAAUUGCAGAUGAUGAAGACUGAUGAAGCCCCCUUUUAACUGCCACCUAUAAUACUUAUCCUUUAGGACUUAGUGUGCCGUACAAAAUCCAAUUCUGCGUGUGUGAUUUUUGUUGUCUCUUCUGUGGGCUACAAAGGCUGUGGCGUUGUUUUCUUUUUUGAUUUAAAAAAGCGAAUUAAGUUACACACAAGAACUUCUAUCAUGUGUGCGUGUGUAUGAUGAUUUGGUUUUCUACAGUAGCAGUGUGGGUAGGAUUCGAACGAGUCCCACGGUAGCUCCGAUGCACAAAUGGCACAUUUAAUUAAGGCAACAGCAAAAACAAAACUCACUCCAACAAAACAAAGAAACCAAGAAGCAAAUACAAAACCUCAUUCAUGUUUUUUAGGAUUA